GAUUCUGCUUUGGUCUCCACUAUUGAAAUCUCUCCUCUCCUCUGCUCUGAAAAUCUUCCUUUUCUGCUUCCCCCCUUUUCCGGUUACCGUUCGAGAAAUCUAUCCUUAUCUUCGUCGCUAGAUUUUGUCGUCUAUACGCACAACUAUCAGCAUCUGUAUAGUUGUAAGCUGUAAGCUGUAUUUCUCUAUCUCUGCAACUUGAUCGGUUUAUUGGCGGGGAGCCGGCGCUGGAGGGAAAUUCUGAGCUUCUGACUUUGGAGUUGGAGUAGGAAAUGGAGAAACGCGGAUAUAAGCUGCAGGAAUUUGUUGCACACGCGGGGAAUGUAAAUUGUUUGAGCUUCGGGAAAAAGAAUUGCCGCGUAUUUAUUACAGGUGGAGAUGAUCAGAAAGUGAAUCUUUGGUCCGUUGGCAAACCGACAUCUCUAAUGAGCCUGUGUGGUCACACUAGUCCGGUUGAGUCUGCAGCCUUUGAUUCAGCGGAAGUUUUAGUGGUAGCUGGAUCGUCUUCGGGGGCCAUAAAAUUGUGGGAUCUGGAAGAAACUAAAAUGGUUCGCACUCUUACCGGGCACAGAUCCUAUUGUACUGCCGUUGAGUUUCACCCAUUUGGUGAGUUUUUUGCAUCUGGUUCCAUGGAUACUAAUCUGAAGAUAUGGGAUAUUAGAAAGAAAGGGUGCAUCCACACAUAUAAGGGUCAUACUCGAGGGAUUAGUACAAUAAGAUUCACUCCCGAUGGCCGCUGGGUAGUGUCUGGUGGAUUCGAUAAUGUUGUAAAGGUGUGGGACCUGACUGCUGGAAAGCUUUUGCAUGAUUUCAAGUUUCAUGAAGGACAUAUUCGUACGAUAGAAUUUCAUCCACUCGAGUUUCUUUUAGCAACAGGUUCAGCAGACAAAACAGUGAAAUUUUGGGAUCUGGAGACAUUUGAGAUGAUUGGAUCUGCCAGGCGUGAGGCUGCAGGAGUGAGAUCUGUUGCAUUUCACCCUGAUGGUAGAACACUUUUUUGUGGACUUGAUGAUAGCUUAAAGGUUUACUCGUGGGAGCCUGUAGUUUGCCAUGAUUCAGUUGAUAUGGGAUGGUCAACACUUGGCGAUCUUUGCAUUGAUGAUGGGAAACUUUUAGGCGGUGCAUAUCAUGAAAAUACGGUUGCAGUUUGGAUAGCAGAUGUCUCGCUUGUGGAGCCUUAUGGUACAAGAUUUGCUCCGGAGCAGUAUGACCACUCUGGGCUGAAACAUGCGAGUGAGGGAAGUCCUUUGGAGAAGGAAGAAAGCCAUGUAAAGUCAAAGUCCAAUAUUAAGUCUACAGUGCCAGAUAGCGAGUCUAAGGACAUCAAAACUAUUUAUGUUGACCGUGUGAAUUCCAUCAGUUCCAAGACAGCUGAAACAGUUGAAGUUCCUAAGGUUGUACAGACAUCUGAUUCCAGUCAAAUCAGCGAAAUUGGAGUGCAGAAGCCAAAUCCUAGAGCAAGUUCGCCUCCAUCAGAUUCCAUGGAAAUCAGCAACGUUAAGAUUCAGAAGCACAGUCCACCAGAAACUUUGCCUCCAUCUGAACCCAAGAAAAUCAGCACUAUUGGAACCCAGAAGCGUGGUCCUGCAGCUAGCUUGUCAGCAAAAGUUAAUGUGCCGUCCGUUAAUAGAUCUAUUAUCAUGCCAAGCAUAGUACCCCGAGAUAGCACUGGAAAAGACUCAAUUGGAUCUAGAAGGGAAUCCAUUGCGUUGGCUAAGGCCAGCAGUGGCAUGAAUUCUAGAUCAUCUCACGCACGGAGGCAGUCAAGCAGUAGGUUAGAUACGGAAAGAAUGUCAGUGGCCCUUGAAUCUCUGCCCUCUGAUAAUGUGAGAAAACCUGCUGUUAGUAGAAAGGAUCUAAACAUUCGUAAUAGGCUGUUCCCUGAUGCAAAUUCAAAGGACUUUUCUGAGGAGAAACAAUCAAAUAUUGAUACUGUUGUUGAAAAGCCUGACAGAACUUCACUGCCAGCCACAACAUCAAGUGACCAGCCUCUCAAUUCCUGCAAAGGGGCGAGUUCCAUUAAAGUUGUCAAUGGAGUGGCAGUUGUGCAUGGAAGGACACGUAGUUUGGUUGAGAGGUUUGAGGGAAAGGAAAAAGUUGAUGUGGAUGACAUUUGCACCCCUGAUAGGACUCGUGGUGGUGCUGCUAUCGAGCCUGCGGAAACUCCCUCCCCCCAGAUUACUGACCAGAAAAUUGACGUGAGAGUGCAACCUACUUUGGAUGAUAAUAUUGUCCUCGAGAAUCUUAUGCAGAGUCAUGAUGUGCUAUUGAGCACAUUUCGGUCAAGGCUGACAAAGCUGCAGGUGGUUCGACAUUUUUGGGAAAGGAAUGAUGUUAAGGGUGCUAUAAAUGCUUUGAAGAGACUGCCUGACCAUUCUGUCCAGGCAGAUGUAGUUGGUGUUCUGAUUGAGAGAAUGGAGGUUAUUACGUUGGAACUAUUUUCUUGCUUGCUUCCUGUGCUUUUAGGCUUAUUGGAAAGCAAAGCAGAAAGGCAUGCUAGUCUCUCUUUGGAAAUGCUUUUAAAGCUUGUAGCAGUCUUUGGCACAGUAGUCCGUACGACAGCUUCAGCACGUCGUUCGGUCGGCGUUGAUCUUCAUGCAGAGGAGAGAAUUGAAUGUUGCAGACAGUGUUCAUCGCAUCUGCAGAACGUACAGAACAUGCUUCCAGAACUUGUGAAGAGGGGAGGUGUCUUAGCAAGAUAUGCACAACAACUGAACCUGGUUCUUCAACAAACAUAGUGUAUAUUCAGUUGGAAGAAGGAACAGAAUAAUUGUAGUUAGGUCGUUUGUCCAUUCACAAGAAUUCAAGAAUUCUUGGAUAUACAUGGGGCCUUUUUGCAGUGAGCUGUGGCAGAUUUAGUGCUUUUACUUCACUUUGUCGAGCUCCUCUGUAAUUAUGUGCAGUGGUAUAUAUCAAAUAUAUGAGAGCUGUAAGCUAUAGAUGGUAAAUGAGAUCAGAAUCUAUAGCUUGUUAGUCAGAAUUCAAAGAUUAUUCAGUUUUGGACACUUGAUCGAUCUACUCCUACAUAUUGUAACUCCCAUUAUAAGGAUGAUAAAAAUAUUAGUGGGGUUGAGUUCUUAUUUA